AUGGAGCUGGAGUACCUGGAGAGGGGCCACGCAGGCACGUGGAAAUCCCAGCCAGGACCUUCUUGCUCUAAACCAAAGGCUGAACUGAGACACGAUAACACAGCUGUUCCAGUAGGGGGCAGUGUGGCCCUGACCUGCUCUGUCAACACAUCAUCAUCAUCAUCUGGAUGGAAAUACUACUGGUACAGAUAUGAGAACGAUUAUACUACAUCACUGGAUGCAGGUUUUCUAUCAAAUGGAGAAAUCAGUGUCUCAGAGAAAGGACUCUACUGGUGCAGAGGAGGAAGAGGAGAACCAGUUUACUACACAGAGUACAGUGAUUCAGUCAUGAUUAGUGAAACAGUGUCAAACAGGCCUGUUGUGACUCUGUAUCCAAACUGGUCUGAGAUAUACAGAGGAGAGACGAUCACUGUCAGAUGUGAGAUCCAUGGAGGAGACACUGAGUGGGAUUAUGAGUGGGAAACAAACAGCAUCAUAAAAGCUCCAAAUCAAAAUGAAUACAGGAUUAGAUCUGCUUUAUCAUCCAACAGUGGAAACUAUCACUGUAAGGGCAGAAUAAAAAGUUCACAGUAUGAAAUAACAAGAUGGAGUGAUACCAUCACACUGAACGUAUCAUAUAAACCCAAGGCUGAACUGAGAGCUGAUAGGACAGCUGUUCCAGUAGGGGGCAGUGUGACACUGAACUGCUCUUUGACCCCAUCAUCUUCAUCAUCUGGAUGGAAAUACUACUGGUACAGAGAUGGGAAAUCUUAUAAACCUGUGACAAAUGGACUAAUCAGUGUCUCAGAGGGAGGACUCUACAGCUGCAGAGGAGGAAGAGGAGAACCAGUUUACUACACAGAGGACAGUGAGUCAGUCAGGAUUGACAAAAUUGUCUCAAACAGGCCUGUUGUGACUCUGUAUCCAAACUGGUCUGAGAUAUACAGAGGAGAGACGAUCACUGUCAGAUGUGAGAUCCAUGGAGGAGACACUGAGUGGGAUUAUGAGUGGGAAACAAACAGCACCAUAAAACCUCCAAAUCAAAAUGAAUACAGGAUUAGAUCUGCUUCAUCAUCCAACAGUGGAAACUAUCGCUGUAAGGGCAGAAUGAAAAGUUCACAGCAUAAAACAACAGAGUGGAGUGAUUCAGUCACACUGACAGUUUCUGACAGUAAGUCAGAUCCUGUCCUCACUGUGUCUCCAUCAUGGCUGAGUCCUGGAGCCUCAGUAACUCUGAACUGUGAGGUUGAACAUCCGUCUGCAGGAUGGAGCUUCUACUGGUAUAAAGCUGUUCCUGAUCUAUCAGAGAAAUCCUCCAGUUAUGAGCUGCUACCUGAUGGCAGUGGGACUGCACAGGACUCCUACAUCAUUCAUGGACAGACACACACAGCAGGAUAUGUGUGCAGAGCUGGAAGAGGAGACCCAGAGUAUCACACUGAUCACAGUCAACCAAAAUUUGUCUGGUCUGCAGAUGUUCAUUCAGCAGCGUCUCUCACAGUGAGUCCUGACAGAGUGCAACACUUCACCUCUGACUCUGUCUCACUGACCUGUGAGGGAAACUUCACUGAGUGGAGAGUGAGGAAGUUCUCUGAGGACGGCCGACUGUACUCUGACUGUAGGAGAAUGACUGGAUCCACAUGUAACAUCAACACAUCAAAGUCAGAUACUGGAGUGUACUGGUGUGAGUCUGGAUCAGGAGAGUUCAGCAGUGCAGUCAACAUCACUGUACAGAAUGAUGGUAAUGGUCCUAUCCUGGUGAGUCCUGUUCAUCCUGUGACUGAGGGAGCUUCUGUUAGUCUGAGCUGCAGUUUGAGAACACAAAAAAUACUUUCCAAUGUGUUUUUCUAUCACAAUGACAAACUUAUUCAAAAUGAUACCCGAGGGGAGCUGAAGAUCUCUGCAGUGUCAAAGUCUGAUGAAGGUUUCUACAAGUGUCAGUACUCAGGAAGAGAGUCAGCACAGAGCUGGAUGUCAGUUAAAGUAACUGUGUCAGGAGCUGACAGCUCUUCAUCUCCUGUGUGGUUGAUGGUUGGACUGGUUUGUGGAGUCUCUCUCAUUAUUAUUCUCCUGCUCUUGUUGUAUCGCUGCAGACAGUCCAAGUAUUCAUGCUUCACCAGGUCGAUCCAGUCUGAGAGUCACAGUCCGGGCUCCUCCACAAAUCAUGGAGUCAACCAGAAUGAAACUCAUGUGUACGACUCUCCUCAUCCUGCUUAA